AUACCAGUCGCUCUCACUCUCACACACAUACCCACUUCCUCUGGCUUUUCCCUGUGUUUUCUCUCUGGAAAAAAGCUCCGAAUUUCACUUCAGUUUCUAUCUCAUUUACCUCCGAAACCCACGUAUACGUGCUGAGCAAUGCAUGAUCUUUCUAAUUCAUGUGAUUUCAUCUUCUGAUUCCCGGAUUUCUCCGACUUUUUUUUGGUGUUUUUAGUUUUUCACUCGGAAACUUCACUACUGAGUCCGAGCGGAAAUGCUCGAGGCCGUUGAGAAUUCCCUCAAUGGCGGGUUCUCGCAGUUGCAGAGCUGUGGGGACAGUAGCGAGGAGGAGCUCUCCGUGCUGCCGCGCCACACCAAGGUGGUGGUCACUGGAAAUAACCGGACCAAAUCCGUUCUCGUGGGUCUGCAAGGUGUGGUCAAGAAGGCGGUCGGGCUAGGCGGGUGGCAUUGGCUGGUUCUCACAAACGGCAUAGAGGUAAAGCUGCAGAGGAAUGCCCUCAGUGUGAUUGAAGCUCCCACUGGUAAUGAGGAAGAUGAUGACCUUGAAUUCGAAAACAUGCCAUGGAAUGGUUCAGAUAUGGCGUCGGAUGACACUCAAAAGUCCCACAGAUUGAGGCAUAGAAUACAUAAAUCGUCUGGGUCAUCUCAUAGGACUAUGAGCAGAUCUCUCUCCUGUGACUCGCAGUCUAAGGGGUCUGUUUCUACUCCUCGUGGGUCCGUGAAGGUUGACCUAGGCAAACUGGAGAUGGCUGCUUUGAGGAGAUAUUGGCGACACUUUAAUCUAGUGGAUGCCAUACCCAAUCCAUCAAAAGAGCAAUUAGUAGAUGUUGUUCAGAGGCAUUUCAUGUCACAGCAAAUCGACGAGUUGCAAGUCAUUGUGGGAUUUGUUCAGGCUGCAAAGAGAAUGAAGACUCUGUGCAAAUGACGAUUCACGAAGAGAGAAAUGGAGAGCUAUGAAUUUGGUUGUUUAUGCUAACAGAUACUGCACUUAAAAAAUAUCCACUCCCCUCUAGUGAUUGUCUGUAAUAUAUUUUAUCCAGUGGCUUGUCUCUGUCUUGCUUUAGUAGGUUAGUAUUACUUUGUACCGAGUUAUAGAGGUUCUUACUUUUUGGUAGCUUAGUUAUGUAGAUAUAUGUAAAACCGGUGACAAGACCUCUAAAGAAGUCCUUGUUGGCUUUCUUUCAAAACUUAUGUUGAAUGUAUUGCUGACUUGGGGAAGUGGGUUUUUGGAAUGUAUAUAUAUUUUCAACUCUUAUUUCUGUUCAUCAAUAGAUUACUGACUGUUUGCACC